AUGGUCUUGCUUGCCCCCUUUUCCAUAUUCAGCGGCGACUGCAGCAGCAGCAGCAGCAGCAGCAGCAGCAGCGGCCAGAACAGCAGCAGCAGCAGCAGCAGCAGCAACACCAGGGGCAACGACAGUGACAGCAACAGCAGCAAAGACAGCAACAGCAGCAAACAUCCACCAACAGAGCAGCAGAACCAGCAGCAGCAGCGGCAGCAGCAGCAGCAGCAGCAGCUGCUGCUGCAGCUGCUGCCGCUUCACAAGAACCUCAUGCCCUCGCCUCGAGUUCCUAUUCUGCUGCUGCUGCUGCUGCUGUUUGCUGCAGCAGCACGAGCGAGCAGCAGCAGCAGCAGCGUGUGCAGCAGCAGCGACAGCAGCAGCAGCAGCAAACUGCUGCAGCAAGAUGCUGCAGCAGCAGCUGAGCCUCUACUUGUAUGGAAGGGGUCCUUAAAAGUGUACCCUCAUCAUCAUCAGAAUGAGCAGCAGCAGCAGCAGCAGCAGCAGCAGCAGCAGCAGCAGCAAGAGCUGCAGCAGCAAGUGCUGCAGCAGCAAGUGCUGCAGCAGCAAGAGCUGCAGCAGCAGGCUCGCCCACAUGAAGUUAAGAACAGCAGCAGCGACAGCAACAGCAGCAGCAGCAACAAGAAGAACGCAGCCACCAGCAGCACAGAUAGCAGCAGCAGCAGCAAUAACAGCAGCAGCAGCAGCAGCAGCAGCAGCUGCAGCAGCAGCAGCAGCAGCAGCAACAGCUUUCGGUGGUUUAAGAGCUUGAAUGGUCUUCCCUAUUCCGCUCGCUUCUGUGGCCCCCAUCUUUGCAUUAAUGACGAGCCCACUCUCAUCAUUGCUGCAGGCCUGCCCCUGCCUUCUUCAUCUUUUUCGCCCGUUCAAAUCCGCCGCAUUUUGAAGGCAGCAAAAGAAGGAGGGUUUAAUGCCAUCAAGCUUUCUUUGUCCUGGAGCGCCCACGCAACUGCCCCCUUCACCUUCGACUUCAGGGGCCCCCAAGACCUUCGGGCCCUUAUCAACUUAAUGGGGGCCCUCGGCUUCUUUGUUCUUCUUGAGGGGUUUACUGCGGUGCAGCACUCGCUGACGGCUCCUUGGGGCUCUCCUGAGGCGGAGGCUCAGCUGCUUCUUCAUGCUCAUCGGUGGCUAGCUGCGCUAAGAAGCUAUUUGAAACCCUUGGGGGCCCCCCAGGGGGGCCCCCUAAUAGGUUUGGUGCUGCGGGGGGGCCCCUACGUGGAGCGGCUGCUGCAGCAGCGCCUGUACUGCAGCAGCAGCAGCAGCAGCAGCAGCAGCAGCAGCAGCAGCAGCACGGGCAAAGGGGCUGCGGACGCCAGACCCAGCUCUGCUGCAGCAGCAGCAGCAGCAGCAGCAGCAGCAGCAGAGACUGCAGCAGCAGCAGCAGCAGCAGCAGCAGCAGGAGACUCACUCCAUUCUCUUUUUCUGCAGCAUUCUGAAACUCCCACUUUGCUGCUGCUGCCGCAGCGGCUGGCAGGAGCUGUAGAGACACCGCUGCCGCCUCUGAGUGGGGCUCCUGGCCCCGCUGCAGCAGCAGCAGCAGCAGCAGAAGCAGCAGCAGCAGAAGCAGCAGCAGCAGGGGCAGCAGCAGCAGAAGCAGCAGCAGCGGCAGAAGAAGCAGCAGCAGCAACAACAGAGAGCAAAGCUGAGGAAGCAAAGGAAAUAAAUUCAGACUCAGGGCCCAGGCGAGCUGCGGCAGUGCCACGUGGCCUGGAGCCUGCUAGACAAGUUGGCAGCAGCAGCAGCAGCAGCAGCAGCAGCAGCAGCAACAGCAGCAGCAACUGGGUUGACCGGCGUCUGCUGACCACAGAAGAGAGGCGACGGGUUGCCGCCGCAGCAGCAGUUGCUGCAGCCGGCAAGCAGCAGCAGCAGAAGCAGCAGCAGCAGCAGCAGCAGCAGCAACAGCAGAAGCAGCAGCAGCAGCACAGAGCAGCAGCAGCAACGCUCCUGGCUGAGCUGGAGGCAUUUGGGCUGCCGCUGCUGACUGAAGGUUUUGCGGAGACACCCCCAGGGGCCGUUGCUGCUGCAUCUGCUGCUGCUGCUGCCAGCAGCAGCAGCAGCAGCAGCAACAGCAGCAGCAGCAGCGGCGGCCGAGUUUGGCGCUUGGGGUCGUCGUUGUGGGGCUUCCGAGCAGCUGCAGAGCCCUCAGCAGCAGCAGCAGCAGGCAGCAGCGACAUGGAGCAGCAGCAGCAGCAGCAGCAGCAGCAGCAGCAGCAGCAGCAGCAAGAAACCAUUCAGGGGCCCCACCCCCCUGUGCUCGAUUUGCUGCUGAUGGGGGGCCCCCCUUCAUACCGCUGGCUGUCUUUGUACCCUUCGGGGGCCCCAGGGGCCCCCAAGGGGCCCCCAAGGUGGGGCCCCCUGCAGCGGCUGCUGCGUUUGUGUUUGCUGCUGCUGCAGCCCACGCAGCGGAGGCUGCAGCAGCAGCAGCAGCAGCAGGCUGCUGCAGCAGCAACGCUUGCUGCGCUGCAGCAGCAAAGCCGCACACACACAGAAUCCCCAG